AUGGAGGAAGACGCCCCUGCCGGAUCCGACGACAGCAGCGAUGCCGAGGAAGAUGGCAACUUUGAAGGCUCUGACAGCGAGGACAUGGACGUGUCCGAUCCCGAGUACAACGGCACCGCUGCAACCUCGGCGACCAAGACGACGCCCAAGGGUCGCGCUCGCAAGGUUGCCGGGUCGGGUGCUGCCGCCAAGCUUGCCGCAACCUCCUCCGCGUCCACUCGUCAACGAAAGCUGUCGCAAUCCUCGGACAGCUCCGAUGUCCCCGCUCAGGCCUCGGGAUCCAUCGACAAGCGUUCGCUCAAGCGCCUUCGCAACCGCGAGGCUGCCGCCCGCUGCCGAAAUCGCCGCCGUCAGCUCAUCGACGAACUCUCCACCCAGGUCGCCGAGCUCGUUGCUGAAAAGACCACAAUGGCAGCCACCAUUGCUCGCCUUGAGGCUGAGCUUGCCACCACUCGUGGCAAUUGA